UAGAGGGCCGGAGAAGCGAACAUAAACGAUGCGUAUGAUAUUGCCUGUUCAGCUAUUCUCAUGCAACACUACCGUCAAUACGAGAGAAAUAACAAUGAGUGGUGUUAUUGCGAUUCAUGAUUAACGACACACGACACAUGUUUUUCUGGGUCAAGGCAAGAAAGAUGUGACGUUUCGUCUUUGAAGGAGAAUACCAGACAUACACUACAUUUGUCCUCAUUUGUACCGAAGAGCGAGCUGCAAUAAUGUUGCUACAGCUCUUCCCCGACUUUAGUGUUCAGACAAGUCUCGUUUUUCUCCUGGUUGUGUUGGCAUCAUGGUUUAUCUUACGGGAAUGGCUGAUGACGAAGAAUCUUCCACCGGGCCCCAAAGGUCUAGUCGCCGCCAUAAUCGAUAAUUUACGCAACGGAGCAGCCGAAAACCCCAUGGUCAACAUUAGUCGAAUGCGUGAACGCUUCAAGAGUGACAUCUGUUCCACAACAGCGGGAUGGCAAGUGGCAGUCGUCCUCAAUACAUUCGACUUGAUAAAGCAGGCUUUCGUGAAGAGGGAUGACCUAGCAGACAGACCUCCAUCUUUCAUUCUGUCUACCCUUCAGCUUGGGGCUCACAAAGGGGUCCUGGGGUCAAAUGGUCAGGCGUGGAAAGAACAGCGAAGGUUCACAUUGAGUGUCCUGCGAGAUUUCGGUAUGGGGAAGAUAAUGAUCCAAGAGAAGAUACAAGAGGAGGCCACGGGACUGCUACGGGAACUGGAGCAAUACAACAACAAAAACAUUGACCUGAAGUUACUGCUAACUAUGUCGGUUUCCAAUAUCAUUUGCUCCAUCGUCUUUGGGCAACGGUACGAAUACAACGACGAUGAGUUCCGUAACUGUUUGAAAAUGGUAAAUUUUUCCGUCACGAAGGCGCGCUUAGCAACGCUGGCAACUGAUGUCUUUCCGUUUCUGCAGUAUCUGCCUGGGGAUUUGUUCCAUAUAAAGAAGAUUAGAAAAAACCAAGAGACAUUGAUGGAGUAUUUUCAUAAAAAGAUAAAUGAACACAAAGAUUCAUUGGAUCAGGAGAAUAUACGUAGUUUCAUUGAUGCAUACCUAGUUGAGAUUGAGAAAAGGAUGGAGGUAGAUCCCAACACAACGUUUACAGAUGCUCAGUUACGGGUGGUUAUUUCUGAUCUCUUCAUAGCGGGAUCCGAGACUACAGCAUCAACCCUGAGAUUCGCAAUUCUCUUCAUGAUCCUAAACCCAGAUAUCCAGGAAAAGGUCCAAGCAGAGAUUGACGAGGUCAUCGGGGGCGAGCGCAAACCGAACACAGCAGAUAGGACGAAAAUGCAAUAUACAGAAGCAGUACUGAUGGAAAUACAAAGAGCUGCGUCCAUUGUUCCGUUUGGGGCUCCACACGGAAACACCCAACAGGACAUUGAGCUUGAAGGUUAUACGAUCCCAAGAAAGGCAAUUGUGAUGAGUAAUCUGUAUGCAGUCCACCAUGAUAAGACUUAUUGGCCAUACCCCGACACUUUCAACCCGAAAAACUUCUUGGACGAAAAGGGGAAUGUGGUUCACAAUGAGAGGCUCAUCCCGUUUCUGAUAGGUCGGCGUUCCUGUCCCGGUGAAUCUCUUGCGAAGAUGGAGCUCUUCAUCUUCUUCACAGCCAUGUUGCAGCGGUUCAGCUUCUCCGUCCCAGAGGGCAGCACACCACCGAGCAGUGAUGGGAUCCUCUCCAUCACGCUGCAGCCAAAGCCUCAUGAAGUUCAUAUUAGCCUGCGCUCUGAUCAAUAGCAAAGAAUUGGGGCUUCAAAUUUCUUGUGUUAAGUUUUCGAGACACAACUUACCAGACAGACCUCAUAGGCUGAAGUCAAUGGGAAAAGUAGCCACGUACUGAGGACAUUGAGGCAACUAACUUUCUGUCCUCAUCACACCAAUUACAACAAAUUUGAUUAAUAAAGAAACUUAAGAUGAAA